CUUUACGGGAACAACUCUUCAUGGACCUCUCGCGCGCUAAGCCCAUACAAUUCCCUGAAUGAUGAGGGCGCCCUUUUUCGUCGCCCGUCGAAUAUUAAGCCAGGGUGCUCGGCAAUCAGGAACCCACGCCGCCCGCUGUUCGGCGCGCCACUUCUCCGGUCGAUCCACGUUCCUUCGAAACCACUUCUCGACCCCACGAUUUCCCGGAAAGACAAUUCUAUGGUCCGGUGCAGCUGGGGCGGCUGGAGCAGCUGGAGCCACCCUGAGCCCGCUUGCUUUUGUGGCUAUAGGCCAUGAUGAGUCGGAGAAUGGAGACAAAACACAUGAGGAGGCAAUGCUGGAGGCAUCGCGGAAAGAGCUGAAGGCCCAGGUGCCCAAAUCGAUUCAAAACUCGAAAAAAUAUCGGAGAGGCAUAUACUUCUUUGUCGACUACUAUAUAAUAGAGCCAAUUAUGACUGGAAUACGCUUUCUUCACCUUGUCGUCAUCUUCGUACCAGUCCUAGCUACUGUUCCCGUUAUCUGGAUAGGCAAAAGGCGAUCGGAUAGAGACAACGAGAGGAUCGGAACGCUUUGGUGGUAUGCAUUCUUGGUUAAGUCUAUGGAGCGUGCUGGCGCAGCUUUUAUCAAGCUGGGCCAAUGGGCUGCUUCACGAACAGACAUAUUCCCUACCGAACUCUGUAGAGUUAUGUCUACCCUACACUCUCACGCCCCUGCCCACUCCCUGGAAGUAACGAUGCGUACGGUCGAAAAAGCGUUCGGUGGCCGGUCUUUCGAUGAUAUCUUCGAAGAAUUCGAUGAGACACCGCUGGGUGUAGGUGCCAUUGCGCAAGUCUACAAGGCUAAACUUAAAUCUGAUCUUUCUGCGGACGAUGUCGGUAUCGAGCACGAACCACCAAAUUUGCGGCAGAUAAUACGGAAGAAUGUAGAGGUAACAUUGAAGAGUACCCCUCAAAGAAUACCUUCCAGUCAUGUUGCGGUUAAGGUGCUCCACCCGAGAAUCGAAAAGAUCGUGAGGCGGGAUCUGCGCAUCAUGGCGUUCUUUGCUUCCAUGAUCAACAUUAUUCCUACGAUGGAAUGGUUGUCGUUCCCCGAUGAAGUGCAGCAAUUUGGAGAAAUGAUGCGAUUGCAACUGGACAUGCGGAUCGAAGCAGCAAAUUUGACAAUGUUUAGGCAAAACUUUAAGGAUCGAAGUACCGCUUGGUUCCCUUAUCCUUAUACAGACUAUACGACCCGAGAAGUUUUGAUCGAGGAAUUUGCGCAGGGAAUACCACUCGAGCAUUUUCUUCAUAAUGGGGGUGGCGUGUUCCAAAAGGAUAUUGCGAACGAGGGAUUAGACGCGUUCUUGACCAUGGUGCUCAUUGAUAAUUUCAUACAUGCGGAUCUUCACCCUGGAAACAUCAUGGUCCGAUUCUACGAGCCCGAACAAUUAGACGUUUCUAUUCUCAGCCGUAAGAAAGAGAGGACCACUAGCCCCAGGAAUUCACCGGACGUUACGGAGGAGGUAUUAGAAAGAUUACGGCCUUUUAGACAUAAGCCGAAGGAGUGGCUGAAUACACUUCGCGAAAUCGAUGAUGAGGGUUACCGGCCACAACUUAUCUUCAUCGACACCGGAUUGGUCACGGAGCUCAAUGGAAAGAAUCGCACAAAUUUCCUGGAUCUUUUCAAAGCUGUGGCAGAGUUCGACGGCUACAAAGCUGGUCACCUUAUGGUUGAGCGUUGCAGACAGCCCGAAGCUGUGAUCGACGCUGAGGUUUUUGCUCUACGUAUGCAGCAUCUAGUCUUGGGAGUUAAGAGCCGUACAUUUGCUUUAGGAAACAUCAAGAUCGGAGAUAUCCUCAAUGAGGUUCUCUCAAUGGUACGAAACCACCACGUCCGCCUUGAGGGUGAUUUCGUCAACGUCGUUUUAAGUAUCCUCUUACUUGAGGGCAUUGGCAGAAGUUUGAACCCCGAGUUAGACUUGUUCGCUGGUGCCUUACCUAUCCUACGGCAGCUUGGUACGCAGAGUGGCGGCUCCAUGAUUCGUGGCGGCGAUUUCUCCAUGCUCAAAGUCUGGGCAGGUCUGGAGGCUCGUAGCUUCCUCCAAGCCUCCGUCGAAACCGUUGAACGAUGCGUGAAAUACGACCAGCUGUCGCCCAACAUAUAAACGCCCGCACCCUACGUAUUGCAUGCUCUCGGCGAUACGAUAGUGUCGAUUUCUUCAUACAGCAUCUCCCAUCCUUCCAAACGUACAUAUUGCAUUGGCAUUUUGCUAUGUCAACCUUUCCCCUCAGUUCACCUUGUACAAAUAGAUCCAUCGCAUUCCAGGAGUUGGCAGCAGGGCGGCGCUUCUAGUGAGGGAUAUACCAAGCGUCCCUAUUACCACAUUUAGACAAUAUCAACGGACUCGAUCCCCGUAAAUAUUGACUGUAAAGAAUAAUAACUUACACACUCAAGAUCCAAGAAUUCAUCUGUCUAUAUUUAGUAAAUUCAAAGUUGAGUGCAC